UUUGUGUGAAACUUGGUUUUACUUCCGCAAAAUGACACGGCGAAUUGGUAUACUGCAUGGACGCCAUAUUUAUAUCUUCAUUGUCGCAAUCGGCGUCGUUAUUAUGUACAGAUUAGUCGUGAAUAUUUUUACGGCGUAUGUCUUACGUGUAUAUUCUAAAGAAAGUUGUGCUACGUGUCGAGAAAAGUUUAAAACGAAUUACAAAGAUGACGAAAAAUUGAAAAUUUUGUUUUUCACUUCAUCCGUUAAUGUUUCUUCGCUUCGACAAGCUUGUUGUAUACUCCAUCAGAAACAUUUCGGUGGAAUUUAUGCAGGAAAAGGAAAAAACAAAAAAGAAAGGUUUCGGAUGAAAAAAUAUUACCUCAUUCGUUGGAUAAGGACGUAUCGUGUGAUAAUAUUUCAUGUAAAAGAUAUGCCCGGACCCAGACUGUUACGUGAGGUUAGUUUGUCACGGCCCCACGGUCAGUUAAGGGCGUACUAUAACAAAGAAAGUCCUUAUAAUACAAUAAACUUAAUAAAUGGGAAGUUUGACCAUUUGUUUAACUUAACCAUCACUCCACUGCGAAACUCGGAUAUUUUUGCUCCUUAUGGGUAUUAUGAGCGAAAAGAAGAACGUGUCCACAAAACUGAUGUAAUGAAAUUGAAAGUGAGGCAAAUACAACAUGGUAUUAAUAUACCUUUCGAAAGUAAACCUCUGUUAGUGGCAUGGGUUGUGAGUAAUUGCGGACAUCGUCGAGAUAAUUUCAUCACAGCUCUUUUAAAAUAUUUACCAAUAGACAUCUAUGGAAGAUGCUCAGUGAAGUUCAAUCAAGCCAAAAGAUGCGAGAGAGACAGCUACCAAUGCGAGGCUGAGUUACAAAAGUAUAAAUUUGUGAUUGCGUUUGAAAACAGCUUCUGUGACGAUUACAUCACUGAGAAGUAUUGGGACGCCAUUUUCAGAGGGAAUGUCCCGAUUGUUUUGGGUGGUCGAAAGUACGACGAGAAAGUUGUAAUCCCUGGAUCGUUUAUACAAGCACGAUCUUUCCAUAGCGCAAAGUCUCUUGCAGAGUACAUUAAAUAUGCUGCUAAUGAUAAAAAAGAAUACGAAAAAUACCUACAGUGGAGGGAGUUGUUUACGCUCAAUUACGAUCCAAACAAUCUCCAUCGCUUAGAUAAGAUUGUUGAUCAAUUACAUACUACAUUGCACAACGGGUUUAAAAACAACAGUUACGUGCUGUCUUCAUUUUACAGUAGACGAAAAAACUGUGUUUUAGAGAUAAAUGACACCUCCUGGAACGAGACCUAGUAACAAAGGGAGAAAUACAUUAGUAUGUACAAGCACUGCAGCAUAAGGUGCCCAAAUGUAAACAAAACGAAGUGUAUUAAAAUUUUUUUUUGAAUUUCUACAACAGGGCGCUUUCUCAACUGUGUGAUAUGAUAGGACGUAAAAGUGACGAAGCUAGAUUGCCUACGUUUUUGUUUUGUUAGAAGCAUUAUUUUUUCAUAAUCUGUCUUACGGAAAUACAUUUUCGUAAGAAAUAA